CAGCACAAAUAAUCUCUUGAACGCUGUCUAAUGUUUGGGCGGAAAAGCUAAAAUAUUGCCCGCUCUGCAUUCCCUCGCAACUAAAAAUUUGGGACUAAGUUUUUUGGUUUCACCUCCUUCACUAAAAUUUUGCCCGCUCUAUCACUCCAUCGUUUCACCUCUUUCACUAAUAUUUUUCACAAUUAAUUUCUCUUCAUCUCUCUUCUCCAUUGUUACGACUGAAUUUGGAUACUCAUAUCUGAAGAGAUAAAUUGAAGAGGAAGCUUGUUGUGUUCAAUUGAAGUUUUGAAGAGGCGAAGAGUUCAGUCGGUGUUCGAUUGAAGCCAAGAGGAAGAUUUUGGUAUUUGAUUCAAGCAAAGGUAAGUCAAACUUUAGAUCCUCACAUUAUUUUCUGCGAGUUUGAUAUGGUCUAGUUAUUAGAUGUAACUGAAGAUAAUUUUAUAACAAAUUAAAUGUAUGUAUUCUUUGGUCGUGGAGCUUCGGUGUUGCUGAAACAUGGACAAGUAUUGGGUUUGGCUUCAAAGAAAUAGCAUUGAGUUUGAGCAAGGAGCAACUGAGUUUGUUAAUGCAGCAGCAAGGAAGUUGGGUUAUCCUCCCACCAUGUUUUGUCCAUGUAUUGAUUGUCGGAAUGUGUGCCAUCAACCAGCAGACACAGUACUUGAUCAUCUAGUGAUUAGGGGUAUGGAUCAGAAGUAUAAGAGGAAUUCAUGUUGGAGUUUUCAUAGUGAUAUUAGGGAUAAGAGAGAUGAUGUUACGAGUUCUUAAUUUGAAGCUUAUGAGUUGUUGACGAUGAGGAAAAAUUACAGUCUGGGAACGACAAUGGAGAUCAACAUGCGGAUGUUGAAAGUAAAGAAGAUUCAGAGUUUAAGAAGAAGUUAAACGAUGCUGAAACUCCACUUUAUGCUAGCUGUGAUCAAAAUGCGGUGGCAUUUUAGUAAUGCUAGUACUGAUGGAACAAUGCGACACCCUGUGGAUUCAUUAACUUGGGCCCAAAUAAAUCAUCAAUGGCCAGAGUUUUCUGCUGAAUCGAGAAACAUGCGACUCGGUCUAUGUACAGAUGGUCUGAAUCCGUUUUCUAUUCAGAACACGAAGUACAAUACGUGGCCAGUAUUUCUAGUGAACUACAACAUGCAUCCGACAUUGUGUAUGAAGGAAGAAAACAUAAUGUUGACUCUACUGAUUCCUGGACCAAUUGCACCGAGCAACAACAUCGAUGUGUAUCUUCAGCCACUGAUAGAUGAUCUAAAGGAUCUAUGGAAUGAAGGUAUUGAGGUUUACGACUCGAUAUCUAAGGAGAAUUUCAUACUUAAAGCUAUGUUGUUAUGGACUAUCAGUGAUUAUACAGGGUUAGGGACACUUGCUGGUUGUAAAGUGAAAGGUAAACAAGCAUGUAAUGUCUGUGGAAAGGAUACACCAUAUAGAUGGCUGAAGUUUAGUCGAAAACAUGUUUAUAUGGGCAAUAGGAAACGGCUCAGACCCGGGCAUCCUUAGUGAAGGAAAAAAAUGGUUUGAUAAUUCUGUGGAAGAAGGGUUAGCACGUAGAAUUCAGACUGGAUCUGAAUUAUUUGAGACACUCAAAGAUUUUAGAAAUGAUUUUAGAAGACGCUUAGAGAAGAAAAGCAAAAGGAAAAGAUCUGAUUUGGGUGAUAAUAAGGAGCUUUCACAGGAAGAAUGUGAAGAAGACUCUGAUAAGUGGAGGUGGAAGAAGCGGUCUAUUCUCUUCGAACUACCUUACUGGAAGUAUAUGCCGGUGCGUCACAACAUAGAUGUAAUGCAUGUAGAGAAGAAUGUUUCUGAUGCCAUGUUAUCAAUUAUGAUGCAAAGUGCAAAAUCAAAAGAUGGCUUAAAAGCAAGACAAGACCUAGAAGACAUGGGGAUUAGAAGCAAUCUACACACAGAAGUACGUGGCAAGAAAAAUUACUUACCACCUGCUGCUUAUUGGCUCUCAAAGUUGAUCCUCCUGCAAUUGGUGGUUUGAAGUCUCACGAUCACCAUGUUCUUCUGCAAGCGUCAGCAAGGGAUGGAAGUGUCUCCCAUCGAAGUGAAAAAAGCCAGACAAACGAAGAAAGUUCCAGAAGUUGCUGAAAGUUCCAAAAAGGAUGCUGAGGAGGUUGAAACAAGACAUGUGCAACAUUCAACAGAACAAGUGAUUGAGGAUGAAGGACACGAACAAAUAUUGCUAACUGUGUUUCAGUUGAUCCUCCUGCAAUUGGUGGUUUGAAGACUCACGAUCACCAUGUUCUUCUGCAAGCGUCAGCAAGGGAUGGAAGUGUCUCCCAUCGAAGUGAAAAAAGCCAGACAAACGAAGAAAGUUCCAGAAGUUGCUGAAAGUUCCAAAAAGGAUGCUGAGGAGGUUGAAACAAGACAUGUGCAACAUUCAACAGAACAAGUGAUUGAGGAUGAAGGACACGAACAAAUAUUGCUAACUGUGUUUCAGUUGAUCCUCCUGCAAUUGGUGGUUUGAAGUCUCACGAUCACCAUGUUCUUCUGCAAGCGUCAGCAAGGGUUGGAAGUGUCUCCCAUCGAAGUGAAAAAAGCCAGACAAACGAAGAAAGUUCCAGAAGUUGCUGAAAGUUCCAGAAAGGAUGCUGAGGAGGUUGAAACAAGACCUGUGCAACAUUCAACAGAACAAGUGAUUGAGGAUGAAGGACACGAACAACUGCAAGAGGAAAUUAUCUCUCAUACUCUUGAAGCACAGACUGAGCAUCAUUCCACCGAAGAUUGUCAGACCCAGCAUUCAGAAACCAAGAAGAGGAAAACAAGAGGACCAACAAAGAUGAAUCAAGUGGCUAAAAAACAUGAGGAGAAGGUUCAAGUUGAAUUUACACGUCUUGGUGAACAUGUUGGGAAAGGAUCAGUCACACUUUCCUCCUUUCUUGGACCACUCGUGAGGGAGCACAUACCAUAUACUCUGUCAGAUUGGAGGCACGUUGAUGAGCAAACGAAAUACACCUUAUAUGAGGAAAUCCAGGCGAGGUUCGAUGUGUCAAAAGAUUGGCAAAAAGAUUGUAUUUUCAAACAAAUGGGGUAUACAUGGAGAGCUUCUAAGUCUAAGCUUCUCACCAAAGUGCGAUCAGCAAAGAGUAAACAACAUGUCCUUAACUUGAAACCAGACAACAUCCAAUCUGUGACAGCUUGGACAAACUGGGUUAAGAGUAGGGCAUCCACGUCUUUUAAGGCAGUUAAUGAAAGAUAUAGGACUUUGAGGAGGAAUCAGAUACCUCACACCACCAGCCGAAAAGGAAUGGUUCGCCUUGCUCAUGAAAUGAAGAACAAGAGUUCUGACCCUAGCAAGGUAACAAGAAGUCAAGUCUGGGUAGCAAGACAUACACAUGCGGAUGGGAGACCUGUUAAGCCAGAGUUUGAAGCUAUUAUUUUAAGAACUUAUCAACUUCUUAUAUGGACUGAAUUAGUGUGUAGCUUAGAGUGAUUGCGUUCAAAUUUUUUGAUUCAGGAAAAAAAUAAAAACAAUACACUACAAGAAAACACACCAUUCUCUGACCA